GACCCGGAAGAGGAUUCUCCUUAGCAACCGCUGGACCGCGGCGGCGCCAGCCCCCCGGGAGCAACGUUUCAGCUAGUGACAACUGAGCUGCUCAACGCAGGCAGAACUCUGAGCUGAGCAGUGGAGGCUUCCCUGGAUCUGGAGAGAAGAGGCGACUUUGGAGCCAAUAAUGAGCCAUUCUGACUACAGGCCGAACCUCCGGCCCCUGGAGCCCCCCAGAGGUGCAUCUUCUGUGGUUGGCUCACAUGGCAUUGGUGCUUCACCAGGUGACAAAAAGUCAAAGAACAAGUCCACACGAGGGAAGAAAAAGAGCAUAUUUGAAACCUACAUGUCCAAGGAGGAUGUUUCAGAAGGUUUGAAGAAAGGAACACUUAUCCAGGGUGCAUUAAGAAUUAAUCCAAAGAAGUUUCAUGAAGCCUUCAUUCCUUCCCCGGAUGGUGAUCGAGACAUUUUUAUUGAUGGGGUUGUUGCUCGUAAUAGAGCCUUAAAUGGGGAUCUGGUGGUCGUGAAACUACUUCCCGAGGAGCAGUGGAAGGUAAUUAAACCAGAGAGCAAUGACAAAGAAACAGAAGCUGCCUAUGAAUCAGAUCUCCCUGAGGAGCUCUGUGGACACCAUCUCCCUCAGCAGUCCUUGAAAAGCUAUAAUGACAGUCCUGAUGUCAUUAUAGAGGCUCAAUUUGAUGAUAGUGACUUAGAAGAUGGACAUGGCAAUACACAGAAUUUGCUGGUUGAUGGUGUUAAGAAGCUGUCAGUUGGCGUUCACGAAAAAGGAAAAGAGGAUGCUGGUGCACCAGUUAAAAAAGAUGAGAGCACCUCCAUGUCACAAGACAUAAGAGCUUUACCAGAGAAGUCCCUGCAAAGAUCAGCAAAGGUGGUUUACAUCUUGGAGAAAAAACAUUCUCGAGCAGCAACUGGCUUCCUCAAACUCUUGACUGAUAAGAACAGCGAACUAUUUAGGAAAUAUGCCCUGUUUUCUCCCUCAGACCACCGAGUGCCUAGAAUUUAUGUGCCUCUCAAGGACUGUCCCCAGGACUUUGUGACACGGCCUAAAGAUUAUGCCAAUACACUGUUCAUCUGCCGAAUCGUGGACUGGAAGGAGGACAGCAAUUUUGCCCUGGGGCAGCUGGCUAAGAGUCUUGGGCAAGCUGGUGAAAUUGAGCCUGAAACAGAAGGAAUACUAACAGAGUAUGGUGUGGAUUUCUCUGAUUUUUCUUCAGAAGUUCUAGAAUGUCUCCCUCAAGGCCUGCCAUGGACAAUUCCACCAGAUGAGUUCAGCAAGAGAAAGGAUUUAAGAAAAGACUGUGUCUUCACCAUUGACCCAUCAACCGCCCGAGACCUCGAUGAUGCCCUCUCCUGCAAGCCACUUGCUGAUGGCAACUUUGAAGUGGGAGUUCACAUCGCUGACGUGAGCUACUUUAUUCCCGAGGGAUCUGAUCUGGACAGAGUGGCUGCUGAGAGAGCCACAAGUGUCUAUUUGGUUCAGAAGGUGGUCCCCAUGCUUCCCAGGCUGCUGUGUGAGGAGCUGUGCAGCCUCAACCCCAUGACUGACAAGCUGACCUUCUCUGUGAUCUGGACACUGACUCCAGAAGGCAAGAUCCUUAGUGAAUGGUUUGGCCGGACCGUCAUCCGCUCCUGCAUCAAACUGAGCUAUGAGCAUGCACAGAGCAUGAUUGAAAGCCCAACUGAGAAGAUCCCUGGGAAGGAGCUGCCCCCCAUUUCACCAGAGCACAGCAGUGAGGAGGUGCACCAGGCUAUCUUGAAUCUCCACGGAAUCGCAAAGCAGUUACGUCAGCAGCGCUUUGUAGAUGGUGCACUUCGUUUGGACCAGGAAAUUGAGAGGCACAAACGUCGUCCAGCCCAGUGACUGUAUAAAGCCUGAUCAGGAAGCUGCUGAGGCAGAGGGGCUCCUGUUUUUCUAAAGAAGCUCCUCUCUGCUGUGCUCACCUAGUGAUGAAGGCAGAAGGUCGUGUGGGAUGCAGCGAGCAGUGAAGUAGCCCUCAGAAGAGGCAGCAGCAUGACCCGUGGGCAUGAAAGCUGCACCAGGCCCGUCUCUCCUGGGACUGGCUCCUUCUUAAUGACCAGCUUUCCCUGAGGGUUGACCAGAGCUCUGGAGACAGACUUUUUCUUCUCAGCACUGAAGAAUCCUUGUCCUGUCGUUUUUAACCUUAAUAAGAAUAGAACAAGCCUCUGGAACAAGGUGCAGCGGAGUCAGGAGAAGUGGCCUUAAGUGAAAACACAGCCGCGGGGUUUACAGACAGCACUGCAGGGAGGCGUCAUCCAGUGGAAGCGGCCAGCCUCGCUCUAGACUUUCCAACACUAAUGAAUCGGGAACUCCAUGCUGAACAGGAUUUAGUUAGAUGGGUCCCUGUGCCAGCAGAUGGAUGUAUUUUUCUUGAAAGACCAAGGUGCCAGAAAUCUCCAUGAUUACGUUACUGGAGCAAGGUUCUUUUUUGUGGUUUGUGAAGUUGAGCGUCAGGACUGCAGGAUUCUCUUGCUCUUUCUCACUCUUAUUUUUUCCAGGUCAGAACCAGAGCUUGGGGUGGGGAGGAAAAUCCUGCUGAAUGAGCAAGUUCUUUCUUAAAAAGCUCUCUCCAAGUCCAAAAAGACUUCAGUGGACUUAGGAGAAAGAAAUUUAAUACAUUGCCAUAGAAUCGUUGUUAACCAAGUUAAAGCAAAGGCCACAGCAUCUUUGUCUUAUAAAGAAAGCAAAGAGGAGAUGGAAAAAAAGAAAUGAUACUUAGGAAAUCCAAACCAAACAGUGAAGACUAAAGAAGAAAAACUCAAGAUCACCUCUGAGAAUGUGAAGAUUUCCUUCUAAUCAGAUUUUUAAAUUACAAAACCAAGACUCUAAGUAGAAGUAACUUUUCUGUUCUUUUUAAGUAUUCUGUAAAUGGCAUACCUGAAAUGUUUGACCUGUGAUAGGAUUUGCCACUUUCAGCUUAAGGAAGAGUUGGACACUCUGCAAGACCCAGUGGACUGUGAGGGGAAGAGUCAACCAUGGAGAGGCUGGAGGCUUCCCGGGCUGGUCCUUGACCUGCGUUUGAACCUUAGUCCUAAUAACUAGCAGAUUGAAGCAAACUCAACAGGCCUCCUGGAGAACCCAUGUUGGUUUGACCUGGAGCAAUCCUGGCCAAAGAACUAACACUCUACUUUCACCAGUGACCUCUCUCAUUGCACCCCUGUGAGAGGCGUGCUGAGCCAGGCUCCCAGGUCCCCUGCUUGGUCAUGGAGCAGCCUGCAGAAAAGGCCGGACUGCUCUGCCCUGCUGGGCUGCAAGUACCUUCCAGGAGAUAUGCAGAGAGAGACCCAGUUGCCCAUGAGAGAUCAUCUUAGAGCUAUUAUGGAUAAAACCAGAUAUUCCUGGACUUUUUAACACACUUUUUGUGCUUAUGAGGUCAGGCUAGGACUUUUCAAAAGCACCAGGAGCUCUGAGUUGGUGUCUUCCUUAACUGAUGCCGUUUAGUGCCUAGUGGCCCAUGCAUACUGUUCUCCAGGUAUGGCUGUAUGAGAAAGCUGACUGUGCACCUGAGCUGAUUGAAGACUGACUUAGCCCCUAGCCAGAAGAUGACCUGGCACACUUGCUUGGCCACCCUUUCCUGUCCCACCUCAUCACUUUUUUUUGGUUAUUCUUAUGAAUGUAAUCAGACCCACUGGAUUCACUGGGCUGGGAACCAAAAUAAAGUCACAUGUCUUUUACUGGUACAUUAAAUGACUCCCAUCCCACUCCCCCCAAUCUCCUGCUUGACCUGAGACAUUCCUUCUUCCCCUAAGGGACCCCUGAAGUGUCAUCUCCAAGCAGCAGUAUCUGAGAACCCUGAGGGAGACUUGCAUAAUUCUCAGUCACUCAUUCUUAUUGCUCACCUGUUGCCAUCUGCUGGGAGGGUGGCCCUGCUGUCUCCCUUGCCAUCCCAGCCAAACAGCCCAGAGGGGCUGAAGGAGGGCCUCCUACAGGCCUAACAGCCCCAACAGGACCAUGUUUCCAUAGUCGGGGAGGAGAUUCUCCUCUCCCAAGAAUUCUAGCCCUUCAACUCACCCUGGCCCCUAGAGCUCACCCACAUAAUUCCCUGGUGCCCACCCCUGGGGCAGGAGGCCUGGGCAGAAGGGCUCUCAGCAGAAGUCUCAGGCUCUGGCUUCCACAGCCUGCCCUGCUGUGUGAUCUCAGCCUGCGCCCCUGAAUGUACAAGGCUUUUUCAUUUUCUGUCCUUUGUCAGGAUGAAAGCCAUUCCUCUAACCGGAUGCGUCUAAAGGCCUCCGUCCUCUGCUGGUGGAGGCUGACAGAGCGGCCACGUUACCGCCCCUUGGGCCUUUCGCUUCCUUCCCUCUUCACCCACUACCAGGAAUGUCGUGUGUAGUUGGAACUGCCUGGAAUAGGACUGGGUUAUGGUGGGCCCUUCUGCUUGAUGUGGCAGUUGCCUUUGGAAGGAGCAAGACUUUGUAAAAUCUCAGGGCGGCUGCCAUUCUUGCAUGCUGACUUCCCAAGUUCAGCCGCUUCGUGUGUGGGUCCCCGCAGGCCUUGACUUAGAGCCAGCAUGCUGGCUCUGCCUCUUUCCUUGCUGCGCCUGGUAGGUGGGAAGUAUCCAGUAACUACUGUUGAGGGAAGGACCUUGUGCUGCUUCUGGGGCACUGACAAGAUGGGAAUACCUGAACACCGAGAGCACUUGAGCUACUGUGUGUUGUCUGGUGGCACAGUGACUGAGGGGGGCAGGUGUGAGGCCGAAUUUCUUCACUGAAGCCAAAGGAGGAGUAAAAAGUGAAGGGAUGAAAUUGGUCACCUGCUGUGGACAGUGGUAAGGGCACUGACGCCCAGGAUACCACCUGAAGGCACCACCUGGCGGGAGGCCCUGCCUCCAGCCUGCCAGAGGAGGGAAAGAUGACAGCCACUUGCACAGAGGAUGGACAGGCCGGAAGGGCUCUCCUGGAAGCAGGCACAGCAUGAGGAAGCUCACAGCGGUGUGAGAGAGCGUGGCCUGGUCCAACCUCCUGCCCGGGGAGGUGCACAGAGCUCUGCUGGGGUAAAGGAGGGAUUUGGCCCUUCCCUGUCCUUUAAGACUCCUGCUGUUUGCCCUGUGGGCCUCCCUGAUUGGCACCCCCUCAGCACACGCCCACCUUGUCCAUUCGUCUGCUACCGUCCACACUGAUUCAUGUGAGCAGCCACCCUCCAGAGAGCCUGGGCUGUGUUUAAUUCACUUUUCUAUCUCCAACAGCAGGAAGCCAUCAAAGGUAUUUAAAGAGGGAAUUGUCAUCAGGUUUGUGUUUUAGAACAAUAACUCAGCAGUGGAGAGUGGAUUAGGAGAGCAGAGCCAAGGGAGGGGAAGACCUAUAACAGGUCAGUGUCCUCAUGAGAAAUGACAAGCACAAAUGGCAAAGGGUAGCAGAAGUCCAGAAGGUGGCAGCAACCCGGCCUGUCCCGUCAAGGCUCUGGCACUGCUCUUCUAACAGUCUAUUGAUUCUGCUUCCUCUGUGAGUGGACUUUGCUCUGAGGCUGGUGGCUAGCUGGUUGCAGCAGUCCUGGCCCUUGCCCAGAGCACUCAGCAAGCACCCUCACAUGUCUCACUGGCCUUCGUUGGGCCACACAUCCAUUCCCGAACGAUUUCCUGGGGCUAGGAAAUGCAUGCACUUGGGUUUCUGAUCAGUCAUUGAAAGGCAUAUGGGAUGACCUCAGAACUGUCAGGUCCAGCCCUGGAGCUGGAGAUUGGGUCUGCUUCCUGCUGGAGCCCCUGGACUGGGGAGGGGUUGGGGUAUGAAUAGCUGAAGAAAACUAGGGUAGCAUUAGGAAGGAGGAAGUGCCUGCAAGGUAUACAUCCAUGUCUGCUACAGGGGCUACCUGGACUCAUUCUUUCAUGUAUUGAACCUUGUGCAUGGCAGGCACCUACACGCACUCCUGCACGCCUGUGGGGACGUACUUUGUGGAUUGCUUUAUCUCAGAAACAACAUAUCAUCAUCCUAGGUGAAUUUCAAACCUCUCAUGGAGGCUCCCCCACCCCCACCUUCAACUCUCCAUUCCUUGGAUUUUGUGUUUGGCCAUCUCCAAGGCCAGGCACACAGCCUGCUCUCCGACCACAGCCUCCAGUCCCUGCAACUCCCUGACCCAGUGACUCCCACAGCUCCUCUCCUUGACCUCACAGACACCUAGGAGGCCGGGCCAGUCCAGUGCUUAGCGAUGUGGACCACACUUCAGUUCUGCCACUUAUGUGUUAAUUUGGGCUAAAUACUUAAACUCCUCUGUAGCUUGCACACUGGAAUUCCAUCCCUCAUCAUCUCAGAGACCUGACUCUUCAGUUAUCUCUGUCAUCUGCAGAUACACUCCCUUCAAUCCCACAUCCUGUUACCCUUCCCAUUCUCUUUCAUUAAUCUCGCCUCUUGCCCACUACUGUCUGAUUCACUAAAAGAGUUGUAUAUACUCAUGAUCCCCAUUUCCUUGCUUUCUACUCAUUUUCCAUCCUGUCGAACCCUGAUCUCUACGCCUACUGCUCCCUCCUAGAGUCUUUUCUGCAAUAUCCAAUGGAUUUCUUGUUUGAGAUACUUACUGUCUCUUAUUUGACCUCUUGGAAGGCCCUAAUGCUGCUAACUGCUCCUUCCCUAAGGCAAGCUCUCCCUUUGGCUCCUGUGAUGUACUAACUCAAUAAUCCAUGGCCACUCCUUCUCAUUUCCAUUACCCAGCUCUUAAAUCUAGAUGUUUCAAAGGAUUCUAUUUACCACUCUCUUUUUAUUCUACUUAGUCUAUCUGGACAAUUUCAGCUACUCUAGUAAUUUCACUUCCAUCUUACUUACCAUCUGAAGUUUCCCAAAUUUGUGCCUCCAGAUUACAGUCUUGCUUAUAAAUGCCGGAGAUGUACAUACAGCAGCCUACUGCUCAUCUCUGCUAGAUGCUUCCAGGUACUCUAGAAUCAGCAAUACCAAACUGAACUCAAACUCUUCUCCCAGACCUGCUGUUCCUCCUUGUCAGGGUGAGUAGCAGUACCACCUACUCUGCAGCCCAAGGCACAGAGUCUUAAAUAUUCUUUUUGACAUAGGUAAGGUGGAAAGAGUGUGAAUUGGGGUUGAAAUUCUAGUUCUAAUCUAAUGUGGUUUGGACAAUUUACUUAACUUUUCUCAGCCUCAAGUUCCUCAUCUAUAAAAAGGAAAUAGUAAUACCUAAUUCAGGUGGUGGUUAUCACGAUAAAGGACAGCAUUGGCUUGGUAGGCAGUCAGUAAACAUGAGUGCCCUGUGUCCCAGUCCUCACUCCACCCUGCCCCAUCACCACCUCCAUGGAGUGGCCUUUUUGUCAAAUUAGUGUGUACAUAGUUUCCUGACUUUGAGAACAGGAAUUAAAUUUCCCACAAUUCCUUCAUGACUGAAGAUUCCAGCUUCUAUCUCAUCACUUGUUUUUCACCUAGUCAUGGGAGAUCUGGAGUUGAGUGGGGGCUGGGAGGCAGAGUCCAGAUGUCACUGUCACAUGGCUAGAUGUGUGUGGACUUCUGCAUCUCAUCAGUCUUGUCUCUCAGCUGGCUCCCACCACUCCUCUCCCCACUGCUCUGUCCUAAGCCAGAUGCUCACGGUCUCAUCAGGCCCUGGGGCAGCCUCCUGCCAAGCCUUCUCCAGGCUCUCCCACCUCAGCCCAUUCUCUACCUGACCAUCAGACUGGGUCUGUCUUCUGCCCUGAAACCCGCUGUGGCUUCUUCUUUCUGACAAAUGACGUCCACACACUCCUACGUGCAGCCUGCCUUGCCAGCUCAGCCCUCUCGAGUCCCCAUACCAGCUCGGUGGCUCAGUCCUCUCUGACCCAGGCCCCCUUUCAUAAGGGAGCAGGAAAUAUACCUGGAUACCAGCUGAGAAGCUGAUUGUUACACUUCUUGGGUCUAGUGGCUGGUAAGACAGGCAUACAACACUCCCCAAAGACCAGCUGUAUUGAAAGCAGGGACCAAAAGACACAGGAAACCCAGGGGUCUUAGAAUUCUGUAUAGAAGUAUGAAUCAGCAGCUAUAGAAUAAGGGAGAAAACACAUUAACACAUUAAUGUUUUAUGCAGUAUCAAAGUAAUGUAUGUUUAUUGUAAAUAAUUUGGAAAAUGCAGAGAAAGUAUAACAGUCACCUAGAGCCUCUCACCUAGUGAUAUCCACUGUUGCCGUUUCCAUAGCUUUCCUUCCAAUCUGCCUUCCGUGCUCUGUUCUUUUGUAAAUAGCUUUCAUGGUAUACUGUAUAAUCAACUAUGUAUCCUGCUUUAUCUCAUCUGCACCACAUAUUUUCUUGAGUUAGCAAAAAUUCUUAAUAAACAACAUAACGGCUGCCUGCUGUUCCAUGUGUGACUAUGGGGUAGUUUAACCUUCUGUUAUUGCUGGACUUUUAGAGUCUUUCCAAUAAAUAAUACUGAGGGCAACAGUUCUGCAAAUAAAACUUUUCCUCCUCCAUUUCUGAUAGUUUUUCUAAGUUAUAAAUCCAUAACUGGAAUCACUGAGUCAAAGAAUAUGAAAAUUUCUAAGCAAUGCAGACUCUUGAAAUGGACAGAGUGAAAUAGGCCUGACCUCAGCUGCAAAGAGAGAGAUAAAGAGGAAAGGGUAGUAAUUCAUGGAUUUUUUUAAAAUUAUUUUUUGUUUUAAUGAAGGAGAGGGCUGAGAAGAUCCAAGCAGUGCUCUGUAGGGAAAACAUGCCUUUGACUCGAAGUUCCUGGCAUCAUCAUGGUAAAGAAGGGCUUGUUUCUGGUUUUAUAUUUUCAUCUGGGUCAGUAAGAGGACAAACCAUUCCUAUCCACUAAGGAAGAGAAAAAUCUUCCAGCAUCUAAUGAUGCAGAUCAUUAGCUGUGUUAACAGCCUUGCAGUUCAAAAAAAUUUAUAAUAAUGUAUCCUCCUAAUGUGCAGUUAAUUUUAGUUAAAAUUUCCCUGGUGAUUUAAAAACCCAGUGAAUUUGUAAAUAUAGUAAUUGGCUCUGCAUUUGGAAAUGUUAAAGCUGCCGUAACCAACUUAGCUCUAGCAAGACACACUGCACCCCUCUGAGCUCUGUAGGAGUUCUGCGCUCACCUUAACAUUCCCCUCUGGAACCCAGGAAGAAACCAAGACUGUACCAGAGUUCCUGUGCCUGAUCUUCUGUAAUUGAAGAAAGUUAAUGAGUAUCUCAGAGUUAACAUGCCCAGUAUCAAACUUUUGACUCCCUACCUGUCCCCAAAUUCAGUCACCUGCCUGGUUGUUCAAAUCAAAAGCUUGAACUGUCCUUGAUUUCUUCCUUUCUGUCCUUGCCACUGCCAGCAUCAAAUCCAUCAGCAUAUCCUGUUGAUUCUACUUCUAAAAACUUCUAAAAUAUAUUUCAAAUUGUCCAUGUCUCCCCAGCUUGCCUGCCCAUCCUCCCUCCUGUUCCAGUCCUGUGGCCACUGCCUGACUCCUCAAUGGCUGCCUCCUGCGGGCUCCUGCUUCUGUUCUCUGCCCCAAGGUCUGCUGUGGUCUACGCUGUAGGCAGAGGGAUCUUGCCGAAACAGAACUCUGAUUGCCUCAUCCACCCUUCCUUUUCUUUCCUU